AUGGAAGAUCCUGAAUCUUACACUAAGGCAAUAUUGGACAUUGACUCAAAGAAAUGGCAGGAAGCCAUGAAGUUUGAGAUGGAUUCUAUGUAUGCCAACCAAGUUUGGACUCUGGUUGACCCUCACGAAGGUAUUGUACCAAUAGGAAACAAAUGUAUCUUCAAGAGGAAGAAAUGCUUAGAUGUCAAGGUGGAGACCUAUAAAGCUAGAUUAGUAACUAAAGGCUACAGACAUAGAGAGGGAAUUGACUAUGAAUAA